AAUGGCUGUAACGUCCUUCUACAAGAUCACUUGAAUGUUACUCAACUCAGACCUGAACACGUUGCAAGAAUGUCUGGAAAAGCGCAAACAAAGGCUUCAUUUAUUGACACGGAGUGACGGCAGUGAUCCGGCUGGUAGUAGCAGUGGUUGGGCAGCAGCAUGUUGCUGUUCUUUGACCCUCAGUGCAGCAGAAGUUUCUUCGCGCGAUCUUUGCUCAGGAAUGGAAGAGUGAGCGUCAGAGGUGGACUCCACUAUUAAGCCUACAGAUUGAUUAGUAAAGCCGUCAAAUAGUUGUUCCUCCCACGUCCGGGAGAUUGCAAAUCAUUUCUGUAAAGGAAAUGAAAGAAAAGGGUUUCUCAUUUAUUAACCUGAGGCUUCUGUUAUUAGUUAGAAUGUGCGCACGUGGUUUCCAUCCGUCUUGACCGUCUACUGCUUUACACUGUUCUCGGAUAGCUGUUCGGUAAAGUUAUUCAUAUCGAAAGGAUAGAAAUAUGGAGGAAAGUUUCAUGCAAAAUGUUUUGCGCUUCUACGGUGAAAGCAAAUCGCUGUCCACGGGAAACCUAGAAAAUUUUCUGCGCCUCAUUACCAGCCGCCGCGCGGCAUCUGUCGACGAUGAAGCCAAUCCGCUGAAGAACACGGAGUGUUCUUCAUUGUCAGAGCUGCUGUCUGCCUUUGGAUUGGGUAAUGCUUCUACGGUCAGUCUCAAUGAUCUGGAGAUGAUGUGUCCAGCUAUUCUCAAUCGGAUCCUGCUCCCUGCCUGCUCUUACACCUCCCCCUCAAACCUCAAUGAUUCUUCAUUAUUACCUGAUCACAAAGUUUGGGGUUAUGGUUUCCUGGCCGUGACCGUGAUAAACUUGGCUGCUCUGUUGGGGUUAUUUCUGGUGCCUCUCACUAAAAAAACAUAUUUUCCGAAAGUCUUGACGUAUUUCAUUGGACUGGCCAUUGGGACACUGUUUUCAAAUGCUGUACUGCAACUUAUCCCAGAGGCCCUUGGCUUAGAUCCUAAAGAUGAUAACUAUGUGCUAAACGUAGUUGGUAUUUUUGGUGGAUUUUACAUUUUGUUCUUCAUUGAACGAGUUUUAAAGAUGGUACUGAAAGCAGAUACAGAGCUGGGACACAGUCAUUUCCCUCCCCUGCAGUCAGCUGAUGUCACCAUCACCACCUUUAGCAAUGACGUUGUCAUAAACAACAUCAGCGGUGACAUCAUCACAAACAACACCAAUCAUGAGAUAAACUCUAUCAAUGAAAAGUCCAACAACCCAAGUGAGAGUCCAGCUGUUGAACAGAAUGCAUGUGUGUUAUUAACUUGUCGCUGGCUGAAAGGGGAUGGAAUGUCUAAUAUAAAGACUGUGGCGUGGAUGAUCACUGUUAGUGAUGCUGUGCAUAACUUCAUAGACGGUCUGGCCAUCGGAGCGUCAUUCACACUCUCUCUACUCACCGGCUUCAGCACCUCUAUUGCAAUCUUCUGUGAAGAGUUCCCUCAUGAGCUGGGUGAUUUUGUCAUGCUGUUGAACUCGGGCAUGAGUGUUGGUCAGGCUGCGUGUUUUAAUUUGCUGUCAGCGAUGUGCUGUUAUCUCGGUCUUGCAUUGGGGAUCCUGCUGGGCAGUAGUUUUGCUCCAAAUGCUAUCUUUGCCAUUGCUGGUGGAAUGUUCCUCUAUAUCUCCCUUGCAGACAUGUUCCCAGAGAUGAACAGUAUCAUGGCAACACAUACCAAAGGUUAUCAAGGAAGGGUUGUGUUCUUCCUGAUCCAAAAUGCUGGGCUACUCACCGGAUUCUCUGUCAUUUUGCUUAUUACCCUGUUUGCUGGAGAUAUCAGUCUGGGGUAGAACAAAAGAAACGAAUGAAAACGAAGAGAAACAAGGAACAAUUGUUUUCAGUGCCAGAAACCAAACACUUGAGACAGACACUGUUGGUUUUUCUCUUUGUAUGUUAGACUUUUACUGUAUAACACAAUCAUAUCCUGGAAAACAUGAUUUUUGUAAAGUUGUUUAAUAAGAUUUUGUUGUUGUUGUUCUGAUGUGAGUGUUAGUGUCUGAUGUGAACAGGCAACAAUACGGCGCUGUGUGAGGAGGAAUUCCUCAGUGGCAGUGGCAGCCUAGCACUGAGACUCUGAGCAGCUUUGUUAUCCAAAUGUCAAUGCUGAAACACCUUUUGAGUGAGACUGUAUCAUGUUCACACAGUCUCUAACCAUAGGAAACAAAAGUGAAGAUGAUUGAUGUGUGCCUUUGUGUGUCUAUUCUACAUCUUGCUUUAUUA